AAGGGAGAGAGGUACACGGUCACUUCUUUUCCUAAUCUCGAUAACGCGUCUACGCGCUUUGGUGGUGAAGUGAUAACCACUGCUUAGUGGAUCGGAAAACAAAACGACGGCGACGUUCGACGGCCCAUCGUUGAUGCGUCCAGGUGUGCUCAGAACGAAAAGUAUACUUCCGCAAACUAGACACGUUUUGAGUGCCUUACUUUUCCGAGGCGGGUAAGGUGCGGACCCUUUUUAGACUUCCUACUGGUUAAAACUGUCAAAGAUGAUGCUCAAACAUGUGCCAGUGGUAAUCGCAACAGUAAUGGUGGUAGCUUAUGGUUUUCCAACACCCGAUCCAUGUGAAAAUCUGACAACGGAACGAGUGUGUAAUGAAACACAGUACGAGCUUUACCGCGAUUGUAUUGAGGAAACCAAGGAGUUGCGCAAAAAACGCCAAACCAUGUGCCCCUACGCUUUGAUACAACAAGAUGCACCGUACACAGCGAGUACGAACUGGUACGAAACGGACGAAGAAUCUCUCCAAACGACGGGACUGCCCGAAAAUAUAGUUCCUCCUAUCGUACACGUGAUUCCAGCAUGGCAGAACGUAAUAACAGUGGAGCCAGUAGACUCAAACAACAUACCAGACAAUGAUAUACAAUCCGAUCCAAUUGAUGACGAUGAGGUUGUGGAUGACGAGCCUCCUCAAGCUCUUAAAUCUCUCAAACGAAGAAUUAUAGUACAAGGCGAAGGUGACGAGGCCUUGGAAUACCAUGUUCCAACAAACGUUACCACAGUUAUACGUUUGACAAACGUAGUUAAUAACACAAAUAUAGUUAAUGCACCUACAAAUGUUAACACUACAAACGUCAACAACAUUCACAUUUAUGCCAACCUAACAGAAGGUGAACCAGAACCCAAGCCGGAAAAAUGUUGUACAGCGGUUCGUCCUAAGACCUGCAGCGCGUCAACGCAAGGAGUUCGCUGUCAGCACAAAAAAUUCAAGCUUUGUGGACCUAAAUGUACAUCGGACGUGAUGCACGUGCAACGAAAAAAGCGAUGCGAUGCCAACGGAAACUGUCAGGAAAAAAUCAGCUACAUUCCACAGCCAGAGAAGCCCGUCUGUGUGUACAUCGAUCAAUGGCCUUUCGUUGCCUGUGGGAAACCAGCUAACAUGAAGGUAAUCUGCGACGGAUGCUAUGAUCACUAUGGUCAAGACUUGGCAGAAUUCAACGGUGGCCCUAUGCCGGAACAAUGCAGGGCUUGCUACGACGAUGGCUUCCAAUACGGACCAAUGUAUCGUCGAGGCCCAGUUAUGAGGCCAUUCUACUCUCAUGAACCACCCUGCCAGUUUUCGGGUAAUUGCCCAAGCUCGUACCAGGACUGGGGAUAUCCCAACCAGGCUUGGAGUCAGCCGUCACCUUACGAUCCAGCCAUGGAUGAAUCCAACACCUUUUAUUACGAUCAAGCCGAACCAACAAUCACCAACGACACCGAAUCCGACUGGGGAAUCCCGGUACACAAAUGUACUGUAGUCUCCGACGAUAACACGAUUUCCGUGCAGAAUUGCACCAAUACCGUUGAGAACCAGUAUGCAGCAGCACCAGCCAGCUAUCCCUACUACAACUCGCCUCAAUUCGGAGCAAAAUCGAACACCAAGGUCUACAAAGUGAAGAAAGCUGCCCAGAAAAAGCAACAGGUUCACAGGCUAUCGGAAGACGAUUGGUAUCCGUCUUCAGGGGAGGAUGCAAUUCAACUCAGACAAUUGAACUCAGACAGUGCAUUUGUCGUUGAAGACGACGAUGAUUACGAUUUAAGUCUUUGAGAGUAUUUUGGUCGACUUAUCAGCUGACAAUUGUUCAUUUGUGAUAUGAUAUGAGUUAUGUAUGGUUGGUUGGAAAUACCAAAAGAUCGUGUGAGACAAUAAAAAAGGGAAAAACGAUGUUCAGUUUAUUCUUCCCCUGUGCA